AUGUACGCAUCACUGUUGACACUCACUGCUCUUUCUGCCAUUGCUUCUGCACAUGGAAAUCAUGGCCAGAGUCCAAUUACUGGCCCUCACAAGCAAUUGUGGUACAAUACCCUCCCCGGCGAUGGAGGUACCCAAGCUGAUUCCGUCUUCUCUGGAAUCUCGACAUUCGGCCGACUGCCCUUCUUCCCAUGUCUGGCAAGUGAAGAUGAGCAAUACGAUAUUGCUUUCCUAGGCGCUCCUUUCGAUACCGGUACUUCCUACCGACCUGGCGCGAGAUUUGGUCCCAGUGGUAUCAGACAAGGUUCUCGCCGUCUCAAUCUCUAUGGAGGUUACAAUGUUCCCUUGGAAGCCAAUCCAUUCUCAAGCAAGAUGAGAGUUCUCGACUGCGGCGAUAUUCCCGUCACGUCUUAUGAUAAUACCUACGCUCUUCGUCAAAUCGAAGAAGGACACAAUAGUGUCAUGAUGCGCAAACCGUUUACUGAUGCUGACAAGAAGGGGUUGUCCAAGGCUGGAAAGACGCUUCCUCGUGUAAUCACUCUCGGUGGUGAUCAUACUAUUACCCUACCUUUGUUGCGCAGUAUCAACAAGGCUUAUGGUCCAGUCACUGUCAUUCAUUUUGACAGCCAUUUGGACACAUGGAAACCAAAGGUCUUUGGCGGCGCUCCUUCGGAAACCGCUAGCAUCAACCAUGGAACAUACUUCUAUCAUGCCGCUAUGGAAGGUCUACUCCGCAACGACACCAAUAUCCACGCCGGUAUCCGCACGACUCUUUCCGGACCUUCUGAUUACGAUAAUGAUGGAUACGUUGGCUUUGAGAUUGUCGAGGCCAGAGAAAUUGACACUAUCGGUAUCGAUGGAAUCGUCAAGCGCAUCCGUGACCGUGUCGGCACCACCAACCCCGUCUACCUGUCUAUUGACAUUGAUACUCUCGACCCUGCUUUCGCCCCGGCUACCGGUACUCCCGAAACUGGUGGCUGGACAACCCGUGAACUUCGCACGAUCAUCCGCGGCCUUGAUGGACUCAAUUUUAUCGGUGCUGAUAUCGUUGAGGUUGCUCCAGCAUAUGAUACCAAUGCCGAGCUGACGACUAUGGCUGCCGCUGACGUUCUCUACGAAGUGAUGACGAUUAUGGUUAAGAAAGGACCAUUGAGUCUGUCGAACAGUGAAUUGUAA